AGUAAUUCCCGGGGUUGUACAAAAUUACAUUUAUUGAUUGUAAUGUUUUGAAAUAGAAAUUUUAGGGUACCCGAGUUAAAAUUAAGUGAUUUGACUAAUUUACCUUGUUUAUCGCGUUGCCAAGCACAGUAAAACGAAGUGCUUCCAAAAGGACAAGAGUUCUUUAUUAUACUUAAGAAUUUGUUAGGAUAGUUAAGAGAUAAUGUAGGGAAAAAAGUAUUAGACAGGAAAAGACAGUAUGGAUGAGAUAAUUUUAAAAUGGAAUAUGGAGGGGAGUAUCACAAAGGAUUACAAACAGUAAGAGCGCUGCAUCAAACAGUUGUUGCAUUGAGGGCUGCUCUAGAAGAAAGUAAAACUGAAAUAUUGGAAUUGAAAAGCAAAGUAUGGCCUAUAGAUUCCGUUCAAGAAGCUUUUGAAAUACUGUCAUUGGAAAAUCAGAGUUUGAAACGAAAAUUAUUAGAAGCCGAGUUGAAAAAAACUGAAGAUAAUGGGCAUAAUAAGGAAGAAUUAAAUAAAUUUGACGCCGUAGAAGACGAAACCGGUUCUAAUCAAGAAAGUUCAACAACAACCCCUAGAAGUUUGUUGAAUGAUGAUGUAGGAGAACCAAAAAUUAAAAAAGUGACAAUAGUAACACCAAAAGUAAGUCCAAAAAGAACCCGUAACAUAGAAGCCAGGAUAUCUAUAAAAUCGGAAACGACCAGUCCCAGAAAUGUAUCCAGAUCAUUAGAAAGUCUAACAAUACUGAAAUCUCCUUUAGAUAAAUUGUCAUUUUCAAAAACCUUCAGUUUUUCUAAUUUAUCCAGUCAAAUAAAUCGCGAAUUCAACGUAGAUAUAAAUGAAGACAUGAGUAACAAGAAUACUGAACAGUAUAAUAACAGUGUGGAUGAGCAAGAUGGAGAUUCGAGUCCUCAAAAUGAUCAGGAUCAAACUGAAGAAGUCGAUGAUAUCGAACUGAUAUUUACUACAGACGAUACCAAAGAUUCAGAUUUUAAGGAGCAACUGGUUUCCAUAGAUGCCAGAGAGGGAGUGGCUCAAACGUCUAAUCAAUUGCAAUUACCUUUAAGCGAAAUGGAUCAAAGUCUUUCGGAUCGCGAGGAAAUGGAAGACGACGUGUUCAACGAUAAUUUCGAAAAUGAGAAUCAAGAAAAUUCAAAUUUUCAAUCGUUCGAUAUGAAAAGAGAUAAUUCACAAUUGUGCGAUUCUAGAUCUGAUAAUUCGAUUAAUCAAGAAAAGAGCUUAAAAAGUUAUUAUUCUUUACAAGAUUCUAGUUUUGAGAACAGAUCUUUGGAAAAGGAUGAAAGUUUCGAUAGAUUUGAGGAGAGGAUUCGAAUUGUGGAGACUGAUAUUUCUAAAUGUGGGAUACACGACGUAGAAUAUGUCGUAGGAAGACGAAAUACUUGUCCUAAUCCGUUGCAGUACAAACCACUCUUACACAGGGAAGCCCUUUCGAAAGGUUUAGGUCCUACUAGAAAAACAAGACCGAUUUUGACGCAUUCCAACGCCAUUAGGAAAGAUUCUGGAGCUCAAACUGAUAUUUCUGCCCUUCCCGGGUCUUAUUGGAGAUCAGAAAGUAGUUUAGCAAACAAGGCAAGAUUAGGUGAAAAUUUCACUACUUUACCUUCGAAAUUACCACUACCGGGUUCUCGGUUACGUCUAUCCGAAAAAACUGUCGAAGCUCGACGUGUUUUACUAUCAGACAUCGGUUUUACCAGUAUGGUACCUGAACUAUCUCGAUCAGCGGAUCAUUUAUUUCCACCGACUCUGAGACCAACAGGCGGAGUGGCGCCUAUUUACGGACAAUUUCUUAAAACCACCGAUCUUUAUUCUCCAGCUUAUACGUCGCAGAAGUUCACUUGGAGUGCGACAACCGCUUCCCCGAGCGAAGGCAGUCAGUCUCAUUCCCAUUACAACAGUAUGUACCCGUUGACGUCGCUUCCGAUACCAUCAAGAAGAUGCUCGGCUCCGGUAUCUCCAUCUAGAAGAGGCUUGUUGAAACACACGCCUUCCAAAGUCAGAUUUGCUAAUGGUUCGUUGCCGGAAUUGAGAAGCGAUUGGACCACUAUCGACAGCGGAGAUUCCACAGAUAGUUUAGUAGAAGAAGCCGAGAAUUAUCUGCGGAGAUCUAUCGAUUGUAUCAUAGGCAGAGAAAAUUCUUCUUCAAGUUACAGUGUUUCUAGGCCUAAAACGGGUGUAAGACGUGCAUCUGCUCCUGAACCGUCUGGUGACAACGUUCCUCCUCCAGGAUGGUUACCGUUUUUACCAAGAGUUUCCAGGGACCUAAAGUUGGACAAUUGGGUGAAAGUUAUUACGUCGGAGGGAAGAGUUAAAGGCGGUAGGGUGAGGUAUAUAGGACCUGUUCAUUCCCAAACCGAACAGUUUGUUGGAGUACAGUUGAGCUGUCCGGAUGGGUACUGUGAUGGAACUUAUAAUAAUAGGAGAUAUUUUCAAUGUGAGCCGUAUCAUGGUAUAUUCGUUCCUUUCAAGAAGGUAAUAAUGGGCUGGCGUCCAUAGUGAAUAUAUUAGUAAAUAUAUGUGUACAUCUUGGUCUUUAUAUUAACUUCAUUAUGAUCUCACUACUAUAAACUGAUUUAUGGGAGUUCAGCGAUUCCAUUGUCAAUGUUAAGGAUUUUUUUCGACUCUGUGUUGUUGUUAAUAAAAUUAUUCACAAUAUGCGGCAAACAUUUUUUAGAUAAUAUACGCAGGGUAUUGAAAAAAUUCUCAAAAUUGAAUGAUCUUGUAACAAUGCUCUAAUUUAUUUUGCUAAUAUUAAUAUGUUCGCCAAUUAUAUGCAAUUUUUAAUUAAAAACGAAAACAAACAUUAAAUGAUCUCUACCUAUCUAUAAGCCAAGUCUUAUGGUGAUAAAUAAUUUACAUUGAUUAUAAAUAGAAUUAAAAUUCCAAAAAUGUUGACUUAACAUUUUUUCUUAAAAAACUGACCAAUUUAGUCAUAGAUUUAUUGAAUAUUUGUCUAUAAAAAUAUUUUUUCUUCAAUUUUUUCAAACCUUUUAUGUAUAUUUGUUUCCAAAUCUUGUUUAUUUUAGGUCUUUGCAGUUUUCAAAUUAGUUUUUUUAUAAUUUUCGUUAAACAGAUAAAAAUUUUACGUUUCAACUACUUUCAGUCUUUAUCAAAAUAUUUUCUUUAUUCAAAAAUAAUGUCAUGUAAAAAUUACUUGAGCCAAAAAAUAAUGAUAAUGUAGGCCUAGUUAUUCCCUAUCGAAAUUUUCUGUCGAAUUGAAAUAUAUUAAACUGUGUUAUUUCUUUAAAAAAAAAAGUGAAGAAACAUAUUUAUGUAAUGAAAACGACUUUCCAGUAGUUGUAAUGAAUGUUACAGGGCAUACAAUGAAUAUUGUAAUAUAUACAUAUCUGUUUAAAAAUAA